UUUUUACAUCGAUCACCGUUUGAUGUAGUAGUAGUUUUCUUUCCAUUUGAACAAGUGUUCCCUACAUGAUUGACAAGAUUGGUUAUAUAUUCAUUCAUUGAUUCAUUAGUAUUGAUUAGUUUAGUUUAAGUUUCCUUUUCAGUCACAGUUGGUUUGGUUUGAUUGAAAACUCUUGCAUUCUUUCUUAUUACUCUACCUUCUUCUUAUAUUUACUCUCUCUUUCUCCUUCAUCACUGCUUUCACAGUUCACACUUUCAAACAACAAAAAUGCAGUCAAGUCCUUUGCUUCUUGAGGAACCAAUUAGGAUGGCAUCCAUCCUAGAGCCAUCCAAACCUACUUUCUUUCCAGCUAUGACAAAAAUUGUAGGCACACUUGGUCCGAAGUCACGAUCGGUUGAUACAAUUACUCGAUGCCUGGAUGCAGGAAUGUCAGUGGCAAGGUUUGAUUUCUCAUGGGGUGAUCCAGACUACCACCAAGAGACAUUGGAAAAUUUAAGGGCUGCUAUCAAAGGCACAAAAAAACUUUGCGCGAUUAUGCUAGAUGUUGUAGGUCCAGAAUUACAAGUUGUGAAUAAAACUGAUCGACCAAUUACACUCGAAGCAGACACAUUACUUGUCUUAACUCCGGAUCAAAACAAAGAAGCUACUUCAAAUCUCUUACCAGUAAAUUUUAGCGGACUAUCAAAGGCUGUUAAGAAGGGUGAUACUAUUUUUAUUGGUAAAUACCUGUUUACAGGAAGUGAAACAACUUCUGUAUGGUUGGAGGUCAGUAAAGUGGAUGGUGAUGAUGUAACUUGUGUCAUAAAAAACGACGCUACACUUUCUGGAUCAUUGUAUACUUUACAUGUCUCUCAGAUUCGUAUUGAUCUUCCUACUCUUACUGAUAAGGAUAAACAGGUAAUACGCACAUGGGGUGUUCAAAACAAAAUAGACUUCCUUGUGUUAUACACCCGGCACGCUGAAGAUGUUCGCCAUGCCCGUGAAUUUAUCUCCAAAUUCGAAGAUCUCAAGCAGACACAUAUUUUUGCAAAGAUCGAAAAUGUAGAGGGAUUAAAACAUUUUGACGAGAUAUUGAGAGAAGCAGAUGGUAUCAUCGUCUCUCGUGGAAAUUUAGGGAUAGAUCUCCCACCUGAGAAGGUGUUUUUAUUCCAAAAAGCAGCUAUUUAUAAGUGUAACAUGGCUGGAAAGCCGGUUGUUGUCACACGUGUGGUGGACACUAUGACUGAUAAUUUGAGGCCUACUCGUGCUGAAGCAACCGAUGUUGCCAAUGCAGUGUUGGAUGGCACUGAUGCAAUUCUCCUUGGAGCUGAGACCCUAACGGGAUUAUACCCUGUAGAAACCAUAUCUACAGUCGGAAAAAUUUGUGCCGAAGCAGAGAAAGUUUACAAUCAAGAUUUGUAUUUUAAGAAGACUGUUAAAUAUGUGGGAGAGCCAAUGAGCCACAUAGAAUCAAUAGCUUCCUCUGCGGUUCGAGCAGCCGUCAAGGUUAAGGCCUCGGUUAUCAUUUGCUUCACCUCAUCUGGAAGGGCAGCAAGGUUGCUUGCUAAGUACAGACCAACCAUGCCUGUGAUAUCUGUUGUCGUUCCUCAAUUGAAGACAAAUCAACUUCGAUGGACAUUCACCGGCGCUUUUCAGGCUAGGCAAUCACUUAUUGUGAGAGGUCUUUUCCCUAUGUUGGCAGAUCCUCGACACCCCUCUGAGUCAAGUAGCGCAACGAAUGAAUCAAUUUUGAAGGUCGCUUUAGACCACGGCAAGGCUCUUGGCGUCAUAAAGUCACAUGACCGAGUUGUUGUUUGUCAGAAAGUUGGUGACUCGUCAGUUGUGAAGAUUAUUGAGCUUGAAGAUUAGAAAUUUUCUCAUUUGAAGAAUGCAUAAUAAAACUCAUUUAAUAUAUACCAAAGAUGGACAUUAUAGUCUUAUAGACAUAGUGUGGUAUCCUUCAUUUUGCUAAUUUGACUCAUGUAAUAGACUUCUAGUUGUUGAGUGAUAAAAUGGUUUUGCAGCUUCUCCUU